AGCCCUUCCAUGUCGUUUCGCCCGUCCUGGAGAGCCUGUCCCUCUCCAAGGCCGUGGGCACCAAGGUCUUCAUGAAGAUGGAGAACGUCCAGCCCUCGGGAUCCUUCAAGAUCCGGGGCAUCGGGCACCUGUGCCAGGAUGUAACUCCACCCCGUGCUGGGGGGAUGCUCCUGAGGAAUGUGGGGAUGUGCGGGGGGUCGAGCCCUGGCUGAGCCCUCCCUUUGGCCAGGAGGGAACGCGGGGCUGGCAGCAGCGUUCGCAGCCCGGGAGCUGGCCCUGCCCAUCACCGUGGUGGUGCCCAGCAGCAGCGGCCCCACCCCCGUGCGCAAACUGCAGGAACUGGGGGCGACAGUCGAGGUCUACGGCAAGGUGUGGGAUGAUGCCAACAGCAGAGCCCAGGAGCUGGCUAAGACAGAGGGCUGGGUCAUCAUCCCCCCCUUCGAUCACCCCUUGGUGUGGGAGGGUCACGCCAGCCUGGUCCGGGAGCUGAAGGACUCUCUGGAGGCCAAACCAGGCGCCAUCGUGGUGGCGGUGGGUGGCGGGGGGCUGCUGGCCGGUGUCGUGGCCGGCCUGCAGCAGGUGGGCUGGCAGGAUGUCCCCAUCAUCGCCGCCGAGACGCUGGGCGCUCACAGCUUCCACGAGGCGCUCAAGGCCGGCCGGCUCGUCACCCUGCCCGACAUCACCAGCGUGGCCACAAGUCUGGGAGCCAAGACGGUGGCGGCGCGGGCGCUGGAGUGUGCCCAGGAGUGCCAGGUGCUCUCGCAGGUGGUGCAGGACGUGGAGGCCGUGCGGGCUGUGCAGCAGUUCCUGGAUGACGAGCGGGUGCUGGUGGAGCCGGGGUGCGGGGCGCCCCUGGCCGUGCUCUACUCGGGGCGGCUGCAGCGGCUGCAGAGCGAGGGGCGGCUGCGGACCCCGCUGAGCUCCGUGCUGCUCGUGGUGUGCGGCGGCAGCAACAUCCACACGGCCCAGCUGCGGGCCCUGAAGAGGCAGCUGGGGCUGGAGUGACACCCGCGCCGGGCAGGGCGUGUGGCAGAGCCCGCCUGGCACGCUCUGCUCGCUUUCCUUCCCAAAGAACCAAAAUAAAGCCUGGAGAUGGGGA